AUGGACUUUUAUCCCACGGAAGAGGAGGAGUUUGAGAUGGCCUACGGUGAUGAUCUGGAGGCAAUGGAAGAGAUGGAUGAACCACAACCGGGCCCCUCCUCGAAAGCGGGCCCAUCGGUUACACGAACUCCAUCAGGGACGCCUCGUCCCGGUAGGGCUGUGAGUGUGGCCAACGGACACGCCACACCAUCUCAGCUUGCAACGAUCGCCGAAAGUCCCAUCGCGGCGAGUCCGGCCCUUUCCGUUAUUUCACACGGCACCACUCACAGGCGCCUUUUCGACACACCGGGGCCAUCCUCCCGGAUGGCGUAUGGCCGCGCCGCGUCAACCCCAUUCCCCGGUGCGCCGGCUACGGGCGGGGGCAACGAUGCACUGCAAACGCUGCAACAAAUGGAUGCCAAUCCAAGGAAGCGUCGGCUAGAGGCCCUGUUCGGUGACAUUCAGGAUAUCGAAGAGGAACCGUUCGAGUACGAGUAUAGCUCGCAAAAGAAAACCAAGACGGAAGAGGAGCAGGACAUGGAACUGAUCGAGCGGAUACUGGAGGCCCGCCGAAGGUUCCACUCCGUCGCUAACCCCGCCAAGCCGAUGUUUCUUUCGAGAGCGGAAGAGCUUCACCGAUUCAAACAGAACAAUCUUGCAUACGAACCUCCCAAAUGGCCAUCGUUAACGCUGAAACGGAGUGAUAAAACUUGCAUCUACGUUCGGUUUCACUCGGAGGACUUUGAGAAACAGCAAAUCGAUGAGAUUAAUUGUGCCAAAGAUGGCUACCACGGUUUACUGGGCGCGGAAAAGGAACGCAUUUGGCGGGAAGCGAACGAAAUUGUAGCAAAACGUCUCAUUGACACGCCACCGAACGCUCUCCCGGAACCAGAAGUGAACGCAUUCGAGAUACCCACCGAAACAAACGUGCUCUGGGUGGAAAAGUAUCGUCCACGACGGUACGUUGAUCUGCUGUCCGAUGAAACUACGAACCGUAGUCUACUGCAGUGGCUCAAGCUGUGGGAUAAAGUUGUCUUCAAUCGAGAGCCGAAAACGCGAAAGGACACUAAACAGUUAAAUAGUUUUAACAAGAAAACCGGUCGCUUCGAGUCCAACGGGGGCUGGAUCAAGGGUCAACGGAAGGCACGCUCAACCCUGAACACCGAGCUCGACGAUCACGGGUGUCCGGUGCAGAAAGUGGCACUGCUUUGUGGGCCACCGGGUCUGGGAAAAACUACACUCGCACACACGAUCGCCCGUCACGCCGGAUACGCGGUGCGUGAAGUGAACGCUUCGGAUGACCGUAACCCGGAAGCAUUCCGCUUGGUGCUGGAAAAUGGAACGCAGAUGAAAUCGGUGCUCAAUGGGGAGAAGCGCCCGAACUGCAUCGUGCUGGACGAAAUCGACGGAGCACCGCUGCCGGCGAUAGAGUUUUUGCUUCGUUUCAUUUCUGGCAACGUAACGCAAAAAGGAGCAGGAUCGAAGAAGCCCGGGAAGGCCGGACGCGAUAAGUUCAUAUUGAAGCGACCGAUAAUCUGCAUCUGCAAUGAUAUGUACGCACCGGCAUUGCGACAACUGCGUCAGGUGGCGUUUGUGGUAAACUUUCCACCCACGGAAAAUGUCCGGCUCGCGGAUCGAUUGCUGGCGAUCGCCAAACGAGAGAGCAUAACGACCGAUCUGACGUCGAUGCUGGCACUGGCCGAAAAGACGGGCAACGAUGUGCGCGCCUGCCUAUCGAUGUUGCAGUUCUACGCCUGCGCCAAGAAGCCGAUCCGUCUGACGGAUGUGCUAAAGUGUAGCGUGGGCCAAAAGGAUCGCAAGAAGGGACUGUUUUCGAUCUGGUCAUCAAUCUUUCAGAUUCAACGGCCAAAGAAGACGAUCACCGAGGAUCCAAACGCGACGGUGACUGAGCUCGUCACUUUGACCGACAUGUCCGCUACGACCCGGAUGUCGAAUGUGCUCGGGGUGGUUAGCAUGGCCGGCGAUUACGAGCGUCUGAUGCAGGGAGUGUACGAAAACUAUCUGCACCAGAAGAUGCCCGAUGCGGAUAUGUGCGGUGUGGCCGAGGCUACGGAAUGGUUCUGCUUCAACGAUCGUCUGCAGCGUACCGUUAACCAGCUGCAAAACUAUUCCGUCUAUCCGUACCUGGCGUACGCAUUCGUCAUGUGGCACUAUCUGUUUGCCACCAUGUCCUGGCCGAAAAUCAAUUUUCCCAGUAAAGGAUACGAGCACUCGCAAAAGCUGCUCGGCACGAAGCUCGUACUGACCGGCCUGCGGAAAGGUUUAUCGGCCCAUCUGAAGGGUAUCGGCGAUGGGGCCACGGUCCUGCUCGACACGGUACCGAUGCUGAAGCGCGUCAUCAACCCCACGUUACGAUCGGUCUCGCUGCAGCUGCUCACCGCAAAAGAAAAAUCCGACCUCACGCACACGGUCGAGGUGAUGGCCGACUUUGGGCUCAACUACAUCCAACUCAAGACCCCGGAGGGUACGUACCAGUAUCAGCUGAACCCGGAUCUCGAGCAGCUGUGCCAGUUUGGCGGAACGACAGGUCCGGGCUCGAACUACUUUGGCAAGCAGAUUGUGGCGCGAGAGGUCGAGCUGGAGCAAAUGCGACGGGCACAACCGAAAAUAACGGGUACGGCCGUUGCAGCAGCUAGCAAGACGGGCGCGAAUCGAUCCAAUUGUACGAAGGAGAACGCCAAUCCCGCUGGCGAUGGUGGCGCUGUCGGUAAGCGUAAGGAAGCCACCGAUCUACCGAACCAUCUGAGGACACUGAAACCGAAGCAAAUUCUGCAGAAAACGGUGCAAGUGGUUUCGAAGGACUUUUUCGGGCGUAUCUCGACGAAGGAAACGGCACUGUCGGUCAAGGAAGGUGGAACCGACGCCAUCGUCAAAAGCCCCAUCUGGUACCGGUACAAGGAGGGUUUCAACAAUGCCGUGAGGAAGGACGUUACCCUGAAGGACCUAAUGUGA